CGAUUUUCUUCAGCUUUUUUUUACUAGUGUUACAUUGCACAUCACAAUGUUAAACGUACUAUGUCUCGUCUAUCAAUAAAGAAUUCUUGUGUGUUCAUUAUUCAUUUCUAUUAAAACACCUGCAAAACAUUGAAAGAUUUUCUUCGUAAAGCUGGUUUAAAUAAUUGUUCGCCAUAAAGGACAAUAGCAGUAUAAAAUUAAUGUGCCAAAAGAUCUAUAAAGGCAAUAAAAUGAUUUCAUCAAAGCUGUCGAUUAUUUUGAUAUUUUUGGGAUUAACGAGUAUGGUUCAUACGGAAAGAAUUGCACCCAAAGUUAAAACACCUUUAGGAGGCAUUCAAGGGUAUUAUAAAAUAUCUGCAGAUGGUAGAUCCUAUGAAGCUUAUGAAGGAAUUCCUUAUGCUAUACCUCCUGUUGGAAAGUUAAGAUUUAAGCCUCCACAAAAGAUCCCAGCAUGGCCUGGUGAACUUUUAGCAACUAAAUUUGGCUCUCCGUGUUUACAAUAUAUUCAGAUAAUUACUGAAUCUGAAGAUAGAAUUCAAGGCUCAGAAGAUUGUCUUUAUUUAAAUGUUUAUGUCCCUACACGUGAAAAUAAAAAUUCUCAAUUACCACUAUUACCAGUAAUUUUCUGGAUUCAUGGUGGGGCCUUCCAAUUUGGUAGCGGAAUGUAUAUAGGUCCUAAAUUUUUAAUGGAUCGAGAUGUUAUAUUUGUCACAAUAAAUUAUCGUUUAGGCCUGUUAGGUUUUCUAAGCACAGAAGAUGAUGUUUUACCAGGUAAUAUGGGACUCAAGGAUCAAAAUAUGGCAUUGAAAUGGGUUUUUGAAAACAUUGAAUGGUUUGGAGGUGAUUCUAAUAAAAUAACACUAACUGGUCUAAGUGCGGGUGGUGCCAGUGUACAUUAUCAUUAUUUAUCCCGUUUAAGCUCUGGUCUUUUUCAAGGAGGUAUAUCUAUUAGUGGUACGGCAUUUGAUUGUUGGACACAAACUGAAAAUUCCUUAGAAAAAGCCAAGAAAUUAGGUGCUAUAGUGGGUUGUCCUACCAAUAAUACUCGAGAUAUGGUGCAUUGUUUAAGAUAUCGACCAGGUAAAACUCUGGUCCAUGCAACCAGAGAAUUCCAACCAUGGCUUUACAAUCCUUUUACACCGUUUGGACCUGUUGUUGAGAAACAUGGAGAUGCUCCUUUUAUUGAUCAAUCACCAAUAGAUAUUAUUCAAAGCGGUAAUGUUCAAGAUAUUCCAUGGAUUACAAGUAUUACCAGUGAAGAAGGACUUUAUCCUGUAGCUGAAUUUAUUGCUGAUGAUAGACAUCUUAAGGAACUUGAUGAGAAUUGGAAUAGUAUUGCACCUUAUUUCCUUGAUUUUAAUUAUACCAUAUCAAAAGAGAAACAUGUUGAAACAGCUACACUUAUUAGAAACCAUUACUUUGGUUCUAAACAUAUUAAUAAAACGACUAUUAAAUCUUUAAUACAAAUGGCUGGAGAUCGAUUUUUCGUAUUCGAUAGCAUAAAAGCUGCAAGGAUCCAGGCAAAAGUAAAUAAACAACCUGUUUGGUACUAUUAUUUCACAUACAGAGGUGCACAUAGUUUAAGCGAAAUUAUGAGUGGAAGCAAAGAAAACUUUGGAGUUAGUCAUGCUGAUGAUGCAUUCCUUGUUUUGGACACUCCUUACUUUAAUCCAGUGACGACAAGAGAUGAUAUUGAUAUGCAACAAGAACUAAUUGAUCUUUGGGUUUCUUUUGCCAUAAAUAAUAUUCCUCAAAUUGGUAUUACUGAAUGGACUGCAGUGGAUCCAUCACAAAAAGAACUUCAUUUUCUUCACAUUGCAGGACCAGGAAAAUAUUAUAUGAGUAAUGAUACUAAUUUAAAAAAUCAGGACUUCUGGAAUAAUAUCAAUUUUAAUGAAAAUAUGUCAAAACGUAAAAAACACUUAAAAGAAGAUCUUUAAAUCAUUUUCUAAUUUUUUUUUAUAUUUAUAUAAUAUAGAGCUGAACAUAUCUUCUGUCAGAAGAAAAGUACUUAGUCUAUAUUUGUUUAUUUCCAUUUAUGCAAUAGCUCAGAAAGCUCAAAUAUACUUACUUUGUCUAGUAUCUCCAAAAGUAUAGUUUUAAUAGUCAUAACGUAAAUAUUAGAAAUAUUAUGGGAGUAAACAUUUUUUAGGAAGAACUAAAAAAAUAAAUAAUUAAUACUGUAUGUUAAUUUAUUUAUUUUAAACUAAUUUAAAUUAAUUAUCUCUGAUGUGAAGCAUGCUAUUAUAUUUUUAAAAAAAGGAGUAAGAAUGAAGAUAAAUAUAUAUUUUUAUAUCUAUCUUAUGGAAUUGUUAUAAAAAUGAUAUAUAUCAAGUGAAAGAUAUUGCUUUUAUAGAGGCUGUGUAAAGAUAUUAAAAAAAAAUAAUUAAAAUUAAAUAGUUCUUUCAACAAGGGUACUGUUAGAUUUUAUAAAUGACUUGAAUAAUUUUUAUCCCCUUUAUUAAUUGUACCCAAAAAUAAAUAUUUAACGACAGUAUUUUAUUAUUUAUUUAAUUAUUUACUUGAAUAUUCCAUGUUUUCUUACAUAUUUAACAAUUCAAAUAAAUUGACAUGAAAUUUAUACAUAAAAAGGUAUACUGAAAUAUAUGUCAUAUUUAUUGAAAAAUCUAAGUAACAUUACUAAAUAUCUUCAAAUCAAAAGUUUUGUUAAAAAAGAUCUAUUGAUGUGCAAUAUACAUAAUUAUUUUGUGUAUACUAUUUUGUGAUAUAUCAUCUUAAAGACUUUCAAAAACCUAAUAUUUAUUUUGGUUUUGUAACUCAUUAUAAUAUGUAUAUAUACCAGAAAUAAAUAUUAAUACGUAACUCAAUAUGAAGUGCAAAAUA